CUAAGCACGAACAAUCCAGUUGCGCAGCAAGAUCUCAACUGGCCUAUUGUUCAUCAUGUUACUGGAAGAUCAAAGAUUCAUCCACGAGGAUUUGGAGAGGCUCGAGCAGGGGAUCAGCGAUCGCGUUUCUGAAGAACCCCGAAACAUUCGGGAACGCUUGAAUCGCGACCACGAAAUCGCCGGCUUUUUAACGCGCAUUGAGGAGCAGUCGCAAAGACUCCUCGACAUCUACAAAGAUGCAGAAGGACUGAGAGAGAAAGAGAUACAGGCUAUCUCAACGGGUGAUCCAUUCGAAGAGUUCUACAAGCGUCUGGACGAGAUCAAGGACUUCCACAGACGAUACCCGAACGAGCCAGUGGAAAAUUUGGAACGGGCUUACAAGAGGCGGCAACCAGGAGAAGAAAAUGGGUUCGGGUCUGGGGUUGAGAACAUGUUCACUGGAGAAGAAGCCUUUGGUCAGUUUCUGGAUCUGACUGAAAACCACGAGGAAUACCUAAAUUUGCCGGGCGUUAAGCGUCUUACUUAUAUACAAUACCUCGACGUGUUCGAUGCUUUUACUCCGCCGAAGCUCCCCGUCAAACGAAGCAACAAAGUGUCAGAUAGGUACUUUAAGUACGUGGGCGGCCUGGCAAGUUACUUGGAGAGUUUUAUUAAGCGAGUGCGCCCCCUUCAGGACCUCGACAAGCUUUUUGCCAGCUUUGAUGAGGAGUUUGACAAGCAAUGGAAUGCCAACGAGAUUCCUGGUUGGGGCGAAGAGAAGCCAGCGGAUGGCGCCCAGGGACCGAAGACCGAAGGCACUGGAGAAGGAAUAUGGUGCGCAGAUUGCGAAAAGGAGUUUAAGAACGAGAACGUCUACAGAAAUCACCUCACUGGCAAGAAACACAUUCGAGCAGCAGAGGCUCGAAAGUCUCAAGGACCCGGCGACGCAAAGGUUGUCUCUAGUGGUGUUGUAAACUCUGCCGCGCAGAGAUUGAAAGAGAGGGCAAUUGCGGAGCGUGAGCACCGUAUCCGGUCCUUGGCCCAGGCUCUCGACUCGGAGCGACAAGCGACACGAGUCAAUGUGGAGCGGAAGCAAGGUAUGACCGAGCGUGAGCGCCAGAUGGAACUCGAAGCUUUGUUCGCAGAGUCGGAGCAAACUGGGCGUCGAGAAGACGAGUCAGACGAGGAAGCUGAUGAGAAGAUUUAUAACCCCCUGAAGUUACCGCUGGCUUGGGAUGGCAAACCCAUUCCUUACUGGCUCUAUAAGCUCCAUGGUCUUGGGGUCGAGUUUCCCUGCGAGAUUUGUGGAAAUUUCGUAUACAUGGGUCGACGUGCCUUCGACAAGCAUUUCUCAGAAGCUCGACACAUCUAUGGGCUCAAAUGUCUUGGAAUCACAUCGCAGACCAAUCUUUUCCGCGAGAUUACUAGGAUCGAAGAUGCUAUUCAGUUGUGGGAGAAGCUAGAACAGAAUCGAAAGAAAGAAAGAGACUCCCGUGAGAAUGUGGUACAAAUGGAAGAUGCUGAAGGCAAUGUCAUGCCUGAAAGAAUCUAUCUUGAUCUUCAGAAGCAAGGUAUUCUUUGAGAGACGACUCCCUCUCCGCUUUCAACCGUGUAAGCUGUGUUUACUGUUGGCGGAUAUGGAUCUUAGGCACUGGGACGGAGUUUGGCGAUCAUGGUCUUUGGACAAGGUGGCGCUUGUCAUGCUGCGCACUGAAAGCAUGUUACGAUUGCGACCAACGCAGUCGCCUUUUCAGUAAUGUAUUCUAUCUACUUACAUGAAUGCAGAAAUGCUGCUAUCCCGAAAUUAGACAGCUACAAAAAUGAUCUAGACCGG